GAUUUGGCAUCCUCCUUAAUACACGAUUAGUUUUCUAGGCUUUCACACGCAUGUUUUCUUUGAAGCAUCUAUGGCUUCAUCAUUCACGCAUACAACUUGAACAUUAGAUUUCAACAUUCAGUUCCUCCCUUCAUUGUGUGAGUUUUGUUUAAUCAGGAAAAGAUAAACAGACAUGGGAACGGGAUUGGGGUCUUCAUGGUUUAGCUUGUUUUUUAUAGGCUGUAUUAAUUUGCUUUUACUCAAUGCUACUCACUGUGUUUCGUUUGUGCAAACACUUUCGCAUUUCGCUGAGUGCUCUGCCUUGUUUCAAUUCAAGGAAAGCCUUACGAUCAAUAUGUCUGCUUCUAAUGAUCCAUCUGCUUAUCCGAAGGUUGCAUCUUGGUCGCAAGAAGAUCAAGUUGAUCGGAAUCGGAGUAACUGUUGUUCGUGGGAUGGUGUUGAGUGCUAUGAGGAGUCUGGCCAUGUCAUUGGCCUUGACCUCGCCAGCAGCUGUCUAUAUGGUUCUAUCACUUCCAACAGCAGCCUCUUCCGACUUGUUCACUUGCAGAGGCUCGACCUAUCAGAUAAUCACUUCAACUUCUCUCCAAUACCGUCAAGAUUAGGCCAUGAACUUACGAGCCUAACAUAUCUCAACCUUUCUCGGUCGUCUUUUUUUGGCCAAAUUCCAUCUGAAAUUUCCAAGUUGUCCAAACUGUCUACCCUGGAUCUGUCUUACAAUGAAAAACAUGAACGUGGUGGUGCAAAUCAUUUCCAUUUAAAACUGACAAAGGCCAACCUGAGAAGCCUAGUCCAAAACUUGACCAACAUAAAACAGCUUCACCUUAGCUGGGUAGACAUAUACUCCACUGUGCCUGAUAUCUUGGUCAAUGCAUCUUCUCUCACAUCUCUCGAACUUGAAGACUCUGGUUUGUACGGGGAAUUCCCUGUUGGCCUUUUUCACCUACCUAACUUAGAGGUUCUUUGUGUGUCCUGUAACUUAGACCUCACAGGUUAUUUUCCAAACUUUAACAGGACCAAUUCCUUGAAGAAGUUAAACGUUGGGCAUUCAAGCUUCUCCGGUCAACUGCCUUCCUCUCUCGGAAACCUUCAUUCCUUAAAUCUACUGGGCAUCCAUUUCUGUAACUUUUAUCCCCAUGUUCCAUCUUCACUCAGGAACCUUACCAAGCUCAGGUAUCUUUACAUUUCUUCAUUUUAUGAUUCCAUGAAUUUUCCUGGCAAAAGUUCUUUCACAACAACAAACCAAUCUCUAGUUUCCGAAUCCUUGUCUUGGCUUGGAAAGCUAACCAAACUUUAUCACUUGGGCCUUUCGUAUACCAACCGAAGGGGAAAAUUCCCAUGUUUUGUGUCUAACCUGACCAACCUUGAAUAUCUAGAUUUGGGCACUAAUGAAAUAACUGGUCAAAUCCCAUCUUGGGUUACGAUGAAUUUGACCCAGUUAACUGUUCUAGAUCUUUCCUUUAAUAACUUGAGGGGAUCAGUUGAGUUUGAUCAGUUUUCCAACCUCAAGAAGUUAAAGGAUCUUCGGUUAUCAAACAACAAGUUAUCUCUACGGAUCAAAUCCAAUUUGAGUGCUACUCUUCCUGUGUUCCAAAUUCUGCGGCUGUCUUCGUGCAACUUAACAGAGUUUCCUGAAUUUUUAAGUAAUCAAAAGGAAUUGUACGACCUACACCUUUCUUAUAACAACAUUCAUGGCCAAAUACCAAAAUGGUUCUGGAAUGCAACUACAGAUACGUUGUUGAAUGUUGACUUCUCUGGAAACUUGUUAACCGGUUUUGACCAAAAUCCACUCAUUCUUCCAUGGAAAAAUAUGUUGUUUUUUCAUAUAGCGUCCAACAGGUUACAAGGACCACUGCCAGUUCCGCCACAAUCAAUCACAGCUUAUCAUGUCGCAAACAAUGAUUAUAGUGGAGAAAUAUCACCUUUGUUUUGCUACUUGGAUUAUCUACAACUUCUUGACUUGUCCAACAACAACUUGAGUGGCAUGCUUCCGCAAUGUUUGGGGAACUCCAGUACAUUGGAAGUACUGUACCUAAGGAACAAUUCUUUCCAUGGCAAUAUUCCUCAAUUGUGUGCAAACAAAAAUAGUUUGAAAAUGGUUGAUUUAAGUUUCAAUCGGUUGCAAGGAAAGUUGCCAAGAACAGUGGCCAAUUGCACUCAGUUAGAGUUUCUCAAUCUUGGAAACAAUCGCAUCAGCGACAGCUUCCCAUCUUGGUUAGGGGCACUUCCAGUACUAAGGGCUCUCAUUUUGCGGCAUAAUGGAUUUCAUGGCAUAAUUGGGAAGCCUGCAACUACACACGAGUUCCCGAACUUGUGCAUCAUUGAUCUAUCUAACAAUGAUUUUUCCGGUAUGUUGCCCACAAAUUACCUAGAGAACUGGAAUUUCAUGAAAUUUGUUGGUGAAGCCAAUCAAACUUAUUUUAAAGUCUCUUCAAUCGGCAACCCACAUAAAAUCUGGUAUGAGUAUCCAUACACCAUCACGAUUGUUGCUAAAGGUGUUGAGUUGAAAUAUUUGGAGACGCCUUAUCUUUUGAGACUCAUUGAUCUCUCAAGUAAUAGAUUUGAAGGUGAGAUUCCGGCAGGUAUAAUUGGGAAUCUAAGAGGCCUUCAUUUUCUAAGCCUUUCCAACAACUCUCUCACGGGUCUCAUCCCCUCAUCUCUAGGGAACUUGGCAGCUCUUGAAUCAUUGGAUCUCUCUGAAAACCAGCUCUCAGGAAGGAUCCCUAGCAAUUUGGUACAACUCAAUUUUCUUGCAUAUUUCAACGUAUCCCACAACCGUCUUUGGGGGCCUAUCCCACUUGGCCAACAGUUUGAUACAUUCCUAGAAGAUUCAUACCAAGAAAACCCGGGUUUGUGUGGAAAGCCUUUGUCAAAGAAAUGCAAGGAUUCUGAGAGCACAAAGCUACCACCACCAUCAAUCCUUGAGGAAGGUGAAGAUUCGGGAUUUCGAUUUGAGUUUGAUUGGUACGUGGUUCUGCCCGGAGUCAUUAGUGGACUAAUAGUUGGAGUGAUUUCUGGGAACACUUUGGCAAACAACAAGCAUGAAUGGUUUGUGGAGAAAUUUAGCAGGAAGAGGCAGCCAAGAGGCACAAAGGGAAAGGGACGCCGGACAUAGUCAUUAUUUUAUCCAUGAAAUGUUUGGCUCUUCAAGGCCAAUUCAGGUUUGUCGAAAACUUGCUUAAAGAGUAGAUUGUCGGUGUGAUUGAAGUUGGUCGUAUUAGUUUUGCACAAUGUUAUUUUCCUGGUUACAUUUGUUCAAUCUUAAGCUUGGUUCAUCUGAUUAUGGUUGCAUGAUAAUGCAUAAAACAUGUAAUAUAUGUAAAUAGCGUUGUAAAAAUUAUCAUCUCUGUCUGUAAUCAUAUUAUAUAUUAUAUAUGUAAAAUAGUAUCAUCUUAAA